CCACCUACUUCCGCCAUCCAGGCUCAGAACUGUGUUUACUCCUCCUUAUACAGAUGGCGGCAAACGGACAACCAGAGAAGCAGGAUGCAGGCGAAGGAGAGGAACCGGUGCUGUCUUUGUUGGAUGUGUUGGAAGAGGACGAUGCGCUGGAAGACGAGGCAUGCGCGGUGCUGGGCGCCUGCGAUGCAGAAAAAUGCUCCUACCCUGAGGGCUAUGUAAGGCGGCAAGCUUUGUAUGCAUGUAAUACCUGCACUCCCAAUAAAGAAGACCCUGCUGGAAUCUGCCUGGCGUGUUCAUACAAAUGUCACGAGGGACACGACUUGUUUGAGCUCUAUACAAAGAGGAAUUUUCGGUGUGACUGUGGGAAUGCAAAAUUUAAACAGCUGGAGUGCAAGUUGUUCUCUGAAAAAGAGAAUAGUAAUUCACUUAAUAAAUACAACCAGAACUUCUUUGGUGUAUACUGCACGUGCAAGAGGCCUUAUCCUGAUCCAGAGGAUGAGGUCCCAGAUGAAAUGAUCCAGUGUAUAGUCUGUGAGGACUGGUUCCAUGGAAGGCACCUUGGUGCAGUUCCACCUGAGCAUAUGGAUUUUGAAGAGAUGGUAUGCCAGACCUGCAUGGACCGUUGUUCGUUUCUUUGGACCUAUGCUGCACAUAUAGCAAUUCCUCCUGUUACAAAAAUAACAUCUGCUGAGAUGGAUCCUGAAAGCAAGGAUAUCAAGGUUGAUGAUAGUCUGGCUGAAGGUAUCUUAGACGGGGAUGGGUCAAACAUUAAAACUGAGAAACUGAAAGAAGAGAUCACUGCCUGUGUAAUAAAAGAAGAGGAAAUAAACAAGACAAAUGGAGCAUCCACUAGUACAGAGACAGAACAGAAAUGUGCAGAUGGAAAGGAUUCUCACCUGCUGAAAACAGAAGCCAAUGCUCAGAGUGUGUGCAAACUACAAGAAAUGAAAAUGCAUCCAGUAUCUAAAGCUAACACAGCAACAUACUGGCCGAGCAACUGGCGCAGCAAAUUGUGCACAUGUGAUGACUGCAAGAACAUGUACACAAAGUUUGAGGUUCUGUUCCUGUUAGAUGAAAAUGACACAGUUCAAGCAUAUGAAAAUAAAGGCAAAACGCAACAGGCAACAGAGAGGAGAGACCCGUUAAUGACCGCUCUCAGCAGCAUGAAUCGGGUGCAGCAGGUGGAGUUAAUAUGUGAAUACAAUGAUUUAAAGACUGAGCUGACUGAUUACCUAAAAAGAUUCGCAGAAGAAGGGAAGGUUGUGAAAACAGAGGAUAUUCAGCAAUUUUUUGAAGAACUGCGCUCUAGAAAAAGGAGGCGCCUGGAUGGAAUGCAGUACUAUUGCAGCUAAACAUACAGCUACUGUUCAGAAAUUGGGAAUUUAAAUGCUGUUUCAUAUCAAUAUGCACGAGUCCAAACUUCUCUUCCGUGUUGUGUGUUUUACGAUCAUUCAGCUAAGCUGGUUUGGUUAGUGAGUGUGUAUUGUACACCUCCAUGUUUGUGUUGCUUCAUUACACCAGGGCCUUUCAAGUCAUAGAUAAAAUGAUAAUCCUUCUGUUUUUCAAUAUACAAGCCUGAUUUUUAGAAAAGCCAUUUGAAAGUUUACAGAUACGAGUGAAAAUUAGACCAGUUUUGUCUUGUCAUAUGGUUACCAUAGUGCUUCUGAAUUUUCCCUAGAGGAAAUUGUUUUUCCUAAAGGAAUUAUUGCAGCUUGGAACAGGCCUGGCUGUAUCUUCUUGCCCAAAUGCUGCUUAAGCUAUUUUUAAACUGAUCUGGACCACAUCAUUCGAAACUCUAAAACAAACAUGAAGACAUGGGGGAGUUGGCCCAGUCAUCGCUGUAGGAAGUCAAAUGCAAUCUUUGUGUAAUUCACAUCAAUAACAACUAUUACUUAAACUUCUAAAUUACAUACAGGUAACUAUUACAUUUUAAAGGGGAUGUACACCCCCUGUUUAGUCUAGGUUUGACAGAAUUUUAGAGGCUAAAAUUUGAGAGUAUAUGUCCCUUUUAAGGUGGUUUAAAUGAAGUUAAAUGUACUCUAUUUACAAGUUUUAAUCCACAUUUCAUUUAAUUAUCCAUUGAAUAUAGUUUUGGGGGUUGCAAAGCCUAUUGGUGAAACAUAAUGUUCAUAUAUAUGCUGAUGGGUAUGAAUAAGUUGUGGGUAACAUAGUGAUGAACUCUUAACAACAAAGGCACUGUUCUCUUAAUGUACUCUUGUGUGCAAAUGCGUUGUUUAGGUGCCUGUGGGAAAUAUUCUAUGCCAAACUGAUGAACAUGGUUGCUCCCACUGCCAUGUCUGAAUAUAAGUAUGCAGAGAAGGGGAUGUUCUAAAUGCACAAACUAUCAUUCUUCACCCAUUGUUUGUUUUUAUUGCAGUUACAAACUAGCUGCAUUUUAACAUAGUGGCACAGAUUUAAUUUAUAAUGCCAGAAUUAACAAUCCCAAAAUGACAUGGCAAAAUAUAGGUGUUAUCACUUUGUGUAAUUUAUAAAUCUGUGUCUAAUCCUUUUAUAUAAUAAUUGGCUUGUUUUCUUCUUAUGGAAUAUUACUAUGCACUGGAGAAUGUUUUUCUAAGAUGGUCUUCCAAGUUUUUUUUUUUUUUUUUUUUUUACAGCCCCAGUAAUCCCGAGAUCUCCAUAGAUCUUGCUGUAUGACAUCACUGUUUUUAUAAUAAUACAGCCCCCAACUAUGUGAAGUAGUGGAUGAUUGGCCUGUAGCAUAGAAAAACUUUGACAGUAAAUCACUUUUUGCAGCCCUACUUACUUGCCUUGUUCCUUCUAUUAUUGGUUUAAGUGUUUUGUUAAUCUAAAUUAUGCGCAAAGUGGGACGUAUAGCACCUUUGUAAUAAUUUCAUUGCACAGCAAAGCUUCCAUAGCUUUCCACCUCUGAGCUAAUUUGAUACUUUGUGUGUUACUAUAAAGUACAUCAGGGGUAUGUUGGCUGACACUAGAAACCUUUACCAGUUGAGCUGUAAUGGGGCCACAACAUUUGAAACACCAGUGGUUCUUUGGCCCCUUUGUAUGCAUUUUUUGCCCCCUAGCUCAGGCAUAUUGACUCAGACAGCAGUGCCUUUGUGUUAUGAAGGAGUUAUGCAUUUUAUACUGAGGAUUGCACUAUUUCUUCCUGUUGACCAUUGUUCUUUAUACAUAUCCCUUAGUUUAAUUAAAAUUAGCUUUUUUUUUUAAUGUACAAAUUUAAUAUUUACUUUUGAGAUCUAUUUCUUCAUUGUGACCUUAUUAACAUUUGUUGAAUAAUGAGAACAUAAAUAGGAACUUCAUUUAUUAAACGUUGCAUGCAGGUUAAUCUCCACAACUAAUUCAGGAUUAAUAACAGAUCUGAAACCCUGUAUUGCUAGCAAUGUCUUAUCUCAAGGAUUAAAGUGAUUUCUGGUU